AUGCAUGGAACACAAGAUCUUCAACAGCCAGUUUCAACUGCCACCUCAAAUCUCCCCUCUGUUCCCUCUAAAGAUCAGAAUCCAAAUCUCUACUAUGCUCCAAAUGAUGGCCCUAUUCUUAUGGGACCACCAAAACAAAUAAAUCAAAAUCAGCUUCAAAAUCAACAAGCUCCUCAUCAACAACAUCCGCUAAUGUAUCAACAGCAGCAAAUGAAUCAACUUGCUGUGGAUUCAAACAAUGCAGCUUUUGCUGGAUUUCGAAGACUUUUAGCUGAACUAAAAGCCAAAAAAUUUGACCAAAUUCGUUUCGCCGCUUAUCGAACUGCAAGUAAACUGCGCUACAUCCAAAAGCGAACGCUUUAACAUAUCUUCGGUAGACGGAGGGAAAUUGAUCUGCAACCCCUACUGGGAGUAUGGCAAUCCCUAGUUGAAUCCGUUUCCGACUACCUUCCCGGUCAUUCUGGCGCCCCAAUACUCCUUCAAGGUUCUUCCACCUCCUUCAGCGGAACGUCCGACACUUCUGAUGAGGCAGACUCUGCCGUAGUCAUGGAGGACAGCAAUGCAGGGAAUAAUUUAUCAAAUGGCCCUGAAGAUCCUAUGGAAGGGUUACUUACAAUCCAAUCUCGUGCAAAGGAAGCACAGGCUUCAGGAGUCAUUCUACUAGAUGAGAUUGUUGAACUGAUUGCUCGAGGCGAAAGUAUACGUGAUGAAGCGAAUGUGAUGGCAAAUUCGGUUUUUCCCGUAGAUGGAGAUUUUGGGCCGACGAAUAGCGAGGCUGAGAAAAGAAGAAGUUGCGAAAGCCUUAGUAGCCUAUUGGCUCGAAUGACUUUCCCCAACCAGUUUGAUCAUGACAAUCUAUGA